AUGGCUUCCGGCUUCGACGAGGAGGAGCUCCAUAUCAGCCUCUCGCCCUCCCAGAUCCGUCGACGCUCCCAGCAGCACGGUGCCGCCGCUGGUGCCGCCGCCGCCGCCGCCGCCGGAGCUCACGACCACCUUCAACCACCCGACGCCCUCAAUAUGGCUCCUCCGAUCGAUACCACCGCCCCGCUGCGGGACAAGAUUAAGACGGAGCAGCGUAUCGGCGCCUACAAGAUCAUCAAGACACUCGGCGAGGGCUCCUUCGGAAAGGUCAAGCUGGCUAUUCAUAAUGGCACCGGCCAACAGGUCGCGCUCAAGAUCAUCGCCAGAAAGAAGCUCAUCAGCAGAGACAUGGCUGGUCGCGUCGAGCGCGAGAUCGAAUAUCUGCAGCUCCUGCGACACCCUCAUAUUAUCAAGUUAUAUACUGUGAUCAAGACACCAAAUGAGAUCAUCAUGGUCCUCGAAUACGCCGGCGGCGAGCUCUUCGACUACAUCGUACAGAAUGGGCGCAUGAAGGAACCCGAGGCUCGCCGAUUCUUCCAACAGAUGCUCUGCGCCGUCGAGUACUGCCAUCGCCACAAAAUCGUUCACCGAGACUUGAAACCUGAGAACCUAUUGCUGGAUGACAACCUGAACGUCAAGAUUGCCGACUUUGGGCUGAGUAACAUCAUGACGGACGGAAACUUUCUCAAGACAAGUUGCGGAAGUCCCAACUAUGCCGCUCCAGAAGUGAUUGGCGGGAAGCUUUACGCUGGCCCCGAGGUAGAUGUGUGGAGUUGUGGCGUGAUCCUCUAUGUCUUGCUGGUGGGCAGGUUGCCGUUCGACGACGAGCACAUCCCCAGCUUGUUUGCCAAGAUCGCCCGCGGUACCUACAGCAUUCCCCAGUGGAUGAACGCUGGCGCCGCGACCUUGAUCAAGAAGAUGCUAGUCGUAAACCCCGUGCAACGUGCCACCAUCGAGGACAUCCGACAGGACCCUUGGUUCAUGACCGACUUGCCGCCAUACCUUGCACCCCCUGUGGAGGAGUUCUACAAUACGGGCGUGGAUCCUAACAAGGCCAUCCAGAAGAGCGACAUCGCCCCCAACGCUCCUCCCAAAGUCCAAGAGAAGCUUCACAAUGAGGUCACGGAGAAGAUCAGUAAGACCAUGGGUUAUGGAAAGAAGGAUGUCGAGGAGGCCCUGCAAGCCGCGGAGCCCUCGGCUAUCAAGGACGCCUACAUGAUUGUUCGUGAGAAUAAGCUCAUGCAGGUGAAUGAGGCUAUGUCAUCACUUUCCGUCGAUCAGGACUCAAAUAGCCCGCUUCCAAGCGCAUCGUCAGCGAGGUCUGGUGCAUCCGGCGUCAGUGUACAGCGGCCGUACAUCAGCAAGAUCGGUAUCCUACCCAGCAGUUUGCCAACCUAUCAUAAGGAGUAUAUAGAGCGUGCGAAGGCAGGCAUCGUGGACCACCCGACUCCUACGAUUGUGGUCGACGAGCCCUCCGCGUCUCGCACAGACGCCGAGAGGGAAGAGACUGCCCGCCACCUGAAGCCUCAUUCUCGAAGCCAAGUCCGGCUCGACGACUCCAAGACACGGCCACAGAGCAUGACUCCGGUGACUACAACUAAGAAGACAAAACCGGUCCGGUGGCAGUUUGGUAUUCGAUCUCGCAACGCCCCUUGGGAAGCUCUCCUCUGUAUCCACAAAGCGCUUAACAAGCUGGGGGCGACCUACGUCCCAGACGAGGACUACGAAAAGAUGCAUGGCUCGGAGGCAGACCAGCCUAGCAACGAGGGCAGCUUUGUUGACGACUAUGCAUCCCAGGGGGCCAACGACUCAACGGCAAGCAUCGACCCUCUCAAGAGGUACAAGCUUCCAGCCGACCCGUGGCAUAUCAAUGUUCGAUGGGAAACAUCAACAUUGCACAAGACAUCGACUACUCCUACCGAGGGAUCCAAGACUCCAGACAGCUACCAUGUCGUUGGAGACGACAAUGUCAAGCGGGACUUUGUGGCGUUGCACUUGGACAUUCAGAUUUACGAGAUGGAACACGGGGUCUACCUUGUGGACUUCAAGUGCUCUGGGUACGAGACAGCUGAUAGGAGGCUGCUCGAGGAGAAGGACGUCACAAGCCCCUUCCCGUUCCUGGACAUGGCGGCCAGGCUGAUCAUGCAAUUAGCCGAGGCGGACUGA